CCCAACGCCUGCGUCUGCACAUAGCUCACAUAAAGGCUAUUCAGCAUGACCGGUCGCACCGAGUGGCGGGAGCAGCGAAGCACGUUAAAGCAAGACGUUGAUGACGCUCGCGCGGUUCACGCAAAUGUCACAGCUUCGCUCAAACAUGUCCACGAAAAAGCUCGAAAAUGUCCGCAAGAGCAACUUAAAGAACCGCUGGGCCGAAUUUGCGGUGAGGCGAUGCAGUCCGCCGCUGACUCUGCGAGCGCCUUCUAUGACGUCCAAGAACGCAUCGAUAGCACUUUCCUUGAAGCGCUGCUGCAGUCUGAGGCGCGGCAUGAGUUGCGGGCCAAGUGCAGGGCCAAACUUUGCGGCUUCAUUUGCCGGUUUGAGUUACGUGUGUUUUGUCGCAUGCGCUCUCUGACGCUAUACAAGGACGCGUUGGCGAAGGGCGCGGAGCUGCUGCGGUUUCCUUCUGACGCACUGGCCCUGCUGGAGCUCAUGGCCGACGCGGACAAGUCCUGGAACGCCGUUGGGUUCCGGGACGCUGUGCUCACGCCUGGGAACGAGGCGGUGCGGGGUGCAUGGAACGAGGCGGUCGUGGCGAAGGGCAUGUUGCCUGAGGAGCUUGCAGCCCUGCAACUGCUUAAAUGCAGCAUACCGGUAGGCGACGAGGACAGCCCCUGCGGGCACAUAGGAACCUCGCCCGCGGAGGCGCUUGACGAGCUGGAGAGCGGGCGCCUGCUGAUGCCGGAGGAGGACGCGCACUUGAAGGAGCCGCUUUUCAAGCUGUUGGGGCUGCUGGCGGCGCCGCCGGCAGCCGCGGCACCGGCGGCAACGGCGGGUGCCCGCCCAGGACCCUGGCCCCGCCAGUGAGGCGUGCGUGCGUGCCCCUGGUACUAGCUCCUUACUUGCCCCGCACCUCAUCACAGCAGCAGGCUGGCGCGUGGCGCCCCCAACCACACCGCCUUCGUUCGUUGGAGCACCCAUUGAGCAUUCACUUUACCACCACCACUGGACUGCUGGCAUGGACACGCGCGCAUGCUAUCGUCAUUCAUGUCGCUGCCCCUCGUGCAGGUGUAUGAGUGUGUGUGUACCAGCAGCAGUAUGCCAUGACGUUAGUGGAUGCUCGCUCACGCACGUACGUAUGGCUAGCUGGCAGCCACACCGGCUAGCUACCGAUUGGGCAGGACAGGAUGUCCGCAGCGGUCAGUGACAUGGGUGACGCCGGGUCGCCGGCCGGUGAUGCAUCUGUGUAUGUGUUUCCGAGUGCGUGCGUGCAAACGCAUCUAGUGGAGGCCUGAGGGACUACUCCCAGCAGGAGUAGUGCACUCGAGGCGAGCAGUUCAUGCUAGGCAUGGCUUCAUUCCUCCGAAGUCCGAACGUGCCACAUCCGCAACCCUCCGUGCAUGUAUAUGUGUUGAAGCAAGCGGUUUUGUGACGUUGACAAGGCUAAGGCAAGGCCGGAAAGGCGGAAACCGUGAAAAGUGGAUGGCUGUUAUGCAUCGGGCCGGAAGUAGCAGGCACACAUGGGUCUAGUGCGUGGCCACGUCCAAAUGAUGUAGGCAGCUGGGCGCCCGUGCUGAUUACUCAGGCUCGUAGAUGGCUACGUACUAGUGUGCGUGUACUCGUGAGCUGCGUCAGCAGUUCCCUCGUGCGACCAGGGGUGCGUGCGACCAAUGUGUAACAAGAGGAUUGU